CUGUCUUUGCAGGUUUGCGGAAUUGACACUUUUCCCUUCCAGAAGGAACGUCAGAAAGUUUUUCAAUUUAUGAUUUUUAGCUUUUGCCAUCGUCGCGAGAAGAGGCUUGUAGGCAAACGCAUGCUCGGGGAGAUGUGUAAGGCAUUUGCUGUUUAUGAAACAAACGACUUAGCUUAUUGCAUGUGCGCCAGCGUUCAUGAAUAAAAAUCUUGUUGUUGUGUGAUUUACUCAGAGAACUUCUAAGUUAUUAUAUUAUAUAAUAUAACAUAUUGAUGUACAUAUCUACAUACAGAAGUUAUUAAUUCUGUAAUAAUUGAAAUUAGAAAAUUAUUAAAAAAAGUAAAGUAAAUUUCUUUUUUUCAUAAUCUUUCGCAUUUUAUCAUGCCUCAUUUGUAAAAAAAAAAUCAUAUUUUAUCAAUUUUUAUCAUAAAAAUAGUUUAUAUGACAAAAAAUAAUCAUGCAUAUGUGAAGUGGCAUUUGUAUUUUUUGUUUAAAGUAUUUAAUUUUUCUUUUUAUGUGGGGAGAUACGUAUUUCUGCAAGAAACUGUUGUUAUAAAUUCUCAUUUCUGCAAAGCAAUACUACAGGAAAUGGUGAACUCUUUGACCUCAAUUUUCCAGCUCUGUUAGCCGUCCAAUCGAGCAUUAUACAAAAUUCAAUUUGCACCUUCUCGUUUUUAUAAGUUCUCUGGGUCCACAACACGUCCACUACACACAGCCCACUAGUACUCACCACGCACAGCCAAAGUGUCAAGUGACAAUGCACGCAUAGCCUUAAGUUUGCAGCUGCUCAGCUGCUCAGCUGCGCGUCGGCAGCGUAUCGUGGAGCGUUUUGUUUAAAAACAUUUUAAAAAUUUCGGAAAUAUUAAGAAAGAAAAUAAAAUCAAGAAAAAUCGUCAACUUCGGCUGCACCGAAGCUUGUUGCAUUUUUAUAUCAUUAAAGGGUAUAAAAACAUUUGACUUGAUUUUGAUAGGUUGGUUUGUAUGGCAGCUAUGUAUUAGGGAUGAUCGAUAUUCAUCGAUGUUGUAGAAACAUCGAUGUUUUACUGGAAAACAUCGAUGUUUUAACAUCGAUGGGUUGACUUCGAUAUUAUCGGAGCAUCGAUGUUACUAGAAUGAAAGUAUCGAAACGUCAAUUAUUCUUUUGGGCGCCAUCUAGCGUCACGGAGCUAAGUUACGUCUUGAUAUUUUUUUUAGUCUGAGUUACAGCCAUUGUCUUAUUUUAAAGAUUCGUCAUUUAUUUAUUUAUUAUUCAGAUUUCAGGCACGUCCAUCAUAUCGUAACGCUUGCUCAUGAAUGUCUAGUUUUAAAUCAUAAAGAUACAUUAAUUCAGAUUCAGAUUAUGAUAAAUAAGUAGGUAUAACGAAGAUGCAUAUAAUAAUUUGAUUAUUGUUUUUUUUUUAAUUUCAGGUAUUAUAAAAUGCCACCAAAGAGUCAAUACUGGAAAUAUUUUGAAAAAAUAAAUGAUACUAGCGCCAAAUGUCGUUCCUGUGGAAAAAAUUUAAAAACUGCUAGUAAUACUACCAAUUUGAAAUGUCAUUUGGAAAAAAAACAUCAGAAUUUAAUGCCCAAAGAUGAACCUGUGAGAACUACAUCAUCCUCCACUCCAACAACUUUUAAAAAACCUAGUGCUGUGUUUUCAACUAGUACGGCUAAUGUUACAGUUACAAUGGAAAUAUCUAAAUCAGGGAGUGAUUGUGAUUCUGAAAAAAGUUACACAGAUAGUGCCAAAAAAUUAUUCUCCCAACCAACUCUAAGCUCUAGCUUUAGUAAAAUAUCUCAAUAUGGUGAUAUGGGCUCAAAGGGAAUUCGGUUGACGAAUAUCAUUUUAUACAUGAUUUGCAAAGACUCACAACCUUUUCAAAUUGUAGAAAAUGAAGGUUUUCUGAAUUUAAUGAAAACUGCUUGUCCAUUGUACAAGGUGCCUUCACGAUUUACUUUGUAAAGGAUGUUAAAUACCAAAUAUGACAUUAUUAGUGAACACUUCAAAGGGAAACUUCAAAACGUGAGUGGUUUGACUUUAACGACAGACAUUUGGACAGACAUGAUGCAAACUAGAAGUUCUUUGGGAGUGACUGUUCUAUUUUGUAAUGAGGAGGAUAAAUUAGAAUCUGUAUCGUUGGGAGUUUAUGAUUUAAUGCAAUCUCAUACUGCGGAAUAUAUAGCGAAUAUAUUAUUGAAGGUCUGUGACGAAUGGAAUAUUGAACAAAAUAAAAUUGUGGCAGUUGUCACUGAUGCUGGGGCCAAUAUUGUUAAAGCAAUAGAAAUUGCAUUUGGUAGAAGUCGUCAUAUACACUGCUAUGCCCAUAUGUUGAAUUUGGUGGCACAAAAAUCCAUCGAUAAAACGCCUAAUUUGCCUUACCUAAUAGCUGCUAUUAAAAGAAUUGUAACGUGGUUUAAACAAUGUAUUGCUGCUAGUGAUGAAUUGAGGCGAGAAUCUGAUUUGAAACUGAUACAAGAUGUGUCCACUCGAUGGAACUCAACAUUUUAGAUGAUUGAAAGAUUUUUAAAACUGCGCCCUGCAAUCAAUAAUAUUAUUAAUUGCCACACUAGUGCACCAGAAAUGUUGAAUGUCAAACAAAUUAUUGAUUUAACUGAAGUUUGUGAGAUUUUACGACCAAUUGAAAUAACUACUCGUGAAGUCUGUGGUGAAAAAUAUGUAACAUGUAGUAAAGUUAUCCCACUUACCAGAUUACUUACUAUAAAAGUGACAGGCUUGGAACCAAAACAGACAAUUGGAGAUAAUUUAAAAAAAAGCGUAAUUGAAGAAAUAAAGAAACGAUUGUUACAAACAGAAAACGUGAAUAUCCUUGCUAUCGCCACUCUUUUGGAUCCCCGGUUCAAAAAUAUACAUUUCCAAGAUGCAUUAGCCUGUUCCAGAGGCAUUAGGAGUAUCAAGGAAUUGAUUUCAGAUAUUCAGACCAAUGAAACAAACGAAAAUGAUCAACUAACAGAGACAAGACCAGUCGAAGAAGACACUGUAGAUAUAUGGCAAGACCAUUAUAAACUUGUCAACCAAAAUAACAAUAUUUUGUCUGGUCAAUGAGACACAAGCAUGCCUCUGGGGUUGCAAAUUUAUUUAAAAAUUCCGCUGGUCAGCUUCUGUACCAGCAACGGAACAGACUUAAAGGAAAAAACUUAUCAAAGUUAAUUUUUUUACAGUGUCCCUAAAAAAUACUGGGAAUGUUGAUUUUUGUUAUUAUUUUUGUGAUUUUUAGGUGCCUCAGGAAGAGUGGGCUAUUUUAAAUUUAAUGUAAUUUUCUAAUAAUUAAAACAUUUUAUAAAUAUUAUAGACAGUUUUAUUUGUUUCCAAAAACAUCGAUGUUUUAGACAUAUCGAUGUUUUUCUAAUAUCGAUCAUCCCUACUACGUAUAUGCUACAGUGGUCCAAUCUAAAUAAUUCGGAGAUAGUAGCGCCACCUUAGACACAAAUUCAUGCUUAUCAAUUCAAAUUGCAGAUUUUUCCUUCGAUUAUCUAAAUCUGUAUUAUUGACAACAACGCACAAAAAAUAAUCAGGUCUUAAACGCGUAGAAACUACAAUAAACUAAUGUAAUAAGCAGUGAGAGGACACUGUGUCUGCUUAUUCUCCAUUAGUAGAAUUCAAAAACUGCCGUUAACUUUGCAAACGCGCAUAGGAAUUCCAUGAAAUAUGGCAACUGUAUGCUAUUAGCAUGCGCAUCUGAUAUUUUGAAAAGAACUUCAAAAACGCAUAUAUUUUAUUAAAUAUUUUUAUUGAAACACAUUCCACGGAUUGGUGAGCGGAGACUUUUUCUGCCUAGUGUAUAUGCAAACUUGUCCCUCAGUUUUUAAGCUAUUGAUCUGAAAUUUUGUACCUGUCCUUUUCUCACUAAGAAGCUGCUCAUUUGUCUGAACGGCCAAUAUCUGACCACUAUAGCAUAUAGCUGCCAUACAAACUGAACAAUCGGAAGCACAUCGUUGUAUAGGAAACUUUUUCAUUUGACGCAAUAUUUUCAUGAAAUUUGGCAUGAGUUUUUUUCUAAGGCAACAAUGGAAUCUCCGAAGAAAUUGUAUAGAUCGGAUGACUAUAGCCUAUAGUUGCUAUACAAACUGAACGAUCGGAGUAAAGUGCCUGCAUGAAAUAAAAUUUUAUUUUUUAAUACCGAUUCACGAAAUUUCGUCUGAUUUCGUCGAUCUGAAUCAAGUUAUUGUAAGGAAACUUUGUAUCUGUGAAGGGUAUUAAAGCUUCGGUGCAACCGAAGUUAACGUUUUUUCUUGUUUUUUAAUUAUUCACUUUAUACUUUUCUUUCUAUAUCUUGAGAAUACGAAUUUGUUUUUUUUUAGAAUUACACAUCUGGUAAAAUUGUUCAAAUCUGCUCUACGUGUUAUACAUUUUUGGAAAAAGAAAAUAUUCCUCUCAUGUCAACAUACAAUGGUUUUGUAUAUCCGAAAAUUCCAUCACAUUUACCAACCUUAAACCUUAUCGAGCAACGAUUGAUUUCACCGAGAAUACCGUUCAUGCAGAUUCGUAGAUUGAGACACGUUAAUGAACAGUACAGUAUUUAUGGCCAGAUAAUUAAUGUUCCUGUCGAAAUUAAUACAAUGGUGAAACAAUUGCCAAGAAACAUUCAAGAUGACCAUUACUUUUAUGUACAUUUGAAAAAGAAGUUGAUUCACAAAACUAGUUACAUAUGUCUACGGACUUAUUAAUAAGAGCCACAUUAAAGAGUGGUUGUCGUAUAUUUAUUUUAAUAAAAUGGUAAAUUGUCUGAGAAAAGUUUUGCAAUCAAAGAAAAGAAGUGCAUUCAGAAGAUAUAGAGUAGUACAUUAUUUCAAAACAAUAGAAUUUCAACAUCGUGGUAUGUGGGCUACUCAUAUUCUUCUUUGGUUGAAAAAUGUUCCUGAAGAUUUAUUAAGCAACGAUCCUGAAGUAAUUAAAUUAAUCGACGAAUUAGUUUCUGUGUCAGCGUCAGAGGCGGCUGGAAAUAUAAUAUAAAACUAGUAACAUACAACGGAUCCUAAUAAAAUGGAAGAAUGAUUUGGUGCACCGUUUAUGCCAACAAAAAAAAAUACGAAAAUUUUGACUACACAAAUUGUGAUGAAUUUUAGAGAAAACUUUAGAAAUUUGUAGACAGUUGUGUCGAGAAAACGAUGAAGAACAAGAAGAC